AUGAGCACACUUAGAACUCAUUUGAGCAAUCGGAUUAUAUUUCACGACAAGCGCGAGCGUAAAAAGUCAACUUCCAGAGCCAUCUUACUCACUAAAGCCUUGCAUCGUCAAAGAGCAGAGAAUAAAUCCCCAGAUGAGCUGGCACCGUCGCACACCUCAUCCUCGUUGGAAGCGAGGUCAACUUCGAUCAGGGGCAGCGAAUUGGCACUUGAAGCUGGUUCGCUCUCUGGUUCGCUGGACGAUAUCUUGGGGAGAACGAACUCCAACAUCUCACUCGGUGAUAACAACGCUAACUUUUCUCCUAUCGAUCCCGAAAGAGACCUUGGAAGGCUACAUAGGCGCCGGCACGGGCACCUCUUAAGCGCAAAAAAACGAAGUCGCAGUGACUUCAAUUUGGUAAGUUACGACAAAACCUACUCCAAGCAUCUCGAAAUAAUAGGCAUCGAGGAUGAACAUCCUAUUGGAACAUUACGAAUGCAGGUGUGUUUGCGCACCUUGAGGAAUACUUCUCCCUUAAUGAAAAAGAAGUUAUCCAUUGAGGAUGCGCAUUGGAACCACAAGUCUCGGUUGCUUACAAAACAACGUUGUGUGUCGAUGAUGAAUAUCAUGGAUACUAGUUUUUCCAUGCGUGGGCCGCUCAACGCCGGCGCACAAAUGUUCGAGGCUCGCUAUCUGGGUCUCCUUAGCCUCAAUGUUGUUUCACGUCCCUCCAACGUGUACGCGCGGCGCUGGACCCCUCUAGAGUACCAGCCGGGAGAGGUAGCAGUGAUCACCAACCCUCUGACCAAGGCCACCGAGAUCGUCUCACCUCGACUACCCUGGCCACCUCACUUCCUUCGCGGUGUCUCCGCCCUUGAGUUCAACCCUGUUACCGGACCUCAGGUGGGACAGUUUGACUCAGCCGUUCUUUACCUCAACGUUCUCAGUGCCUGCGGCCUCCAGUCCAUUCCGCUAUCCAAGUUCCUCAACAGGUUUCGAACCGGUGAGGAGGCUGUCGACUCUGUGCACAGAGGCGUGAUGGUGGCAAAAUUAAUAUCUUAUUCACAGACAGUGAUUAAACAAGCUCAACCCCUUUCCACACAAGUACAGCUACAAUUUGGCAAGGAAAAAUACGCUACUGGAAUCAGGAAGUCCACCUAUGAGCCUGUGUGGAAUCAAAUCUUCACCUUCCAUCUCACGAGGUCGUCGAAAACCCUGAUCGAGAUUCAGCUGACGAGCAUAGCCAAUCCCAACAUCAGUGGACCAGCUUCCGGGAUUGAGAAAAUUGGCGAAGCACUAAUUGAUAUUUCUCGACUGCCGAUGGACCUUACGCAGCGAAUCGAGGUCGAGUUGAACGGUUACCGGCCAAAGCCACGUCUCCUCCUCUUAGCCACUCUGACCGGUUUAGCUAAGGACUAUCCAUCCUACCCACUUCCUUCCCUGCCUUUUAUCAAUAUCACACCAGCAUUUGACAGUAACGGACAACAAAGUGAUGUAGAAUUCGUCAAUGGCUGUUCUCCAUCUUCGCGAAACGAUGCACCAGGAAUUGCCUUUAACUCCAGUUCCGAUAGCGCCAGUCCAGAGACUGAUGAUUGGUUUUUAUCAUCUCAGCGGUCAAAGAAAAACGUCUCUCUCGAUGAAACGGAUGCUCAGAUCGCCGAGCACUAUGUGGGUAGCAAUAUGAAUGCAAUUUAG